AGUCGGACCGCCCUCGCGCCUGGGUGCAGCUUCCGCACCGCUCCUUCAUCUGCUGUCAGAUAAUAAGGGACACAGCUGCAAGCUAGCGCUAUGUUAUCACGAUCCAGAUGUGCAUACCGGACGGUUGGUCGCUCUCUGUCAGCGGUGAGCCAGGCCAAUAAUGUGCUGGCCCGGCAAAGUGUAUCAGGCCUCCCUGUCUGCAGCCAGGUAGUUUACAGGAAUUCUCAGCCAUGUGAAUUUCCAUCAUCAGCAUAUGUCUUCCACAUCAGACACUUCAAGACAUCUGCUGUCCACAGGGAUGAGGUCAUCACAGUCAAAACUCCUGCAUUCGCAGAAUCUGUUUCAGAGGGGGAUGUGAGAUGGGAGAAAGCUGUGGGCGACUCAGUGACAGAAGAUGAAGUGGUGUGUGAAAUUGAGACGGACAAGACCUCAGUACAAGUCCCCGCUCCAGCAUCUGGCAUAAUUGAGGAACUGCUGGUGCCUGAUGGAGGGAAAGUAGAAGGAGGGACGCCCCUCUUCAAACUCCGGAAAGGAGAAGUUGCUGCCAAAGCUGCUCCCUCCCCAGCUGCAGAGGCAGCGGCCCCUCCACCACCUCCUCCACCUGCAGCCCCCACUGCCAUGCCUCCAGUGCCACCACAAGCAGCCCAAGCCAAACCUGUGUCUGCCAUCAAGCCCACAGCUGCAGCUCCAGCUCCUCCAACAGCGGGAGGCAGAGGAGGAGAAAACAGGGUGAAGAUGAACCGUAUGAGGUUGAGGAUCGCCCAGAGGCUAAAGGAGGCUCAGAACACCUGCGCCAUGUUGACCACCUUCAACGAGGUGGACAUGGGAAACAUUCAGGACAUGAGGAAACUCCAUAAGGAUGCUUUCUUAAAGAAGCACAACAUCAAACUGGGUUUCAUGUCGGCGUUUGUGAAGGCUUCUGCAUACGCUCUGACUGACCAACCUGCUGUCAAUGCCGUUAUUGAUGAUUCAACCAAAGAGAUCGUCUACAGGGAUUAUGUAGACAUUAGUGUCGCUGUGUCAACUCCAAAGGGGCUUGUUGUACCGGUGAUCCGUAAUGUUGAGACCAUGAACUUCGCUGACAUCGAGAAAACCAUUAAUGCGUUGGGAGAAAAGGCUCGUAGCAACCAGCUUGCGGUUGAAGAUAUGGACGGAGGCACCUUCACCAUCAGCAACGGCGGCGUGUUUGGCUCCAUGUUUGGCACACCCAUCAUCAACCCCCCACAGUCUGCCAUCCUGGGCAUGCAUGGCAUCUUCGACCGACCUGUGGCCAUCAAUGGCAAGGUUGAGAUCCGCCCCAUGAUGUAUGUGGCACUGACAUACGACCACCGACUCGUCGACGGAAGAGAGGCGGUCACUUUCUUACGCAAGAUCAAAGCAGUGGUGGAAGAUCCACGAGUGCUGCUCCUGGACAUGUGAUGUUUCUACCACCACAUCACUCUCAUUGAAAGCUGCAUAAAAUGAACUCCAACUCUCAAAACACGCACAAGUCGUACAAAAUAGUGGGAUAUUGAGGUUGUGUUAAAUAGCUUUUAUUAUCUGUAGAGAAUACACAUGGCUAGAUCAAGAAAGCAAAAGACUGCUCGCCAUCUUCUAUAAGUUAUUGUUUUGAUAGAUUUGAAUUUAUCAAAGAGACGACAAGUCACAUUACCAUUACACGUCUUAACCCAAAAAUAAGCACACAGGCAAAUGUUGAAGAUAACUCAUAUGGGUGUGUUGUUAUACCCAUGUGCUCUUCAGAUGGACAUAUGAAGCAGUAGAUAAACACUCGCUGAUCCUACAACAUUAGUGUAAUCUUGAGGAAAAAAAAAAACUUUUCCAGGCAACAAUUGGCUUCAUGAAUUUCUUCCCUGCUCGUUAGUCGGAGCUUCUGAGCCACUUUUUCCACAGCAGGGCAAGUGGAGCUCCCUCAAAUUAGUUCAAGAUGUUUUUUAAUGUUAACACAGGAUUGAUAGAAUUCCUUGGUGUGCUGCUUGUUAUUGUUUCUAGCAACAGUGUGGAUAAAGGAAUCAGCGACCGGGAAACCAGGUUUUUGUAUGGAACACGUGUAAAUCGGUGCCAUAUUUGGAGGCGACUCCAGUUAUAUUCCUGCUUCGCACAGUCAACCAUGUUCUGCAUUUUGAUUUAGUUUUUAAACCUGCCUUUCAGAUCCUUUGACCAUUUAAGUAUAAAAAUGUUGAUCAAAUUGUUACGAGCUUGCACGUGAACUUACUGUUCAUUAGUAGAAACUGUACAAAACACGAUCCAAACACUAAAUAUUUUUCAAUCUAUACGAUACAUUGUUCAUUUACAGGCAAUAUGUUUGGAGUGAUGUUCAAAACGCACAAUUUGGCAGAAGUGUUUUAUGUUAAGUUUCAAUGUUGGAUGAGAUUUUCAUUGUGCUAUCCUAUACAUAACAUACUUGUAUCUAUUUAAAAAAUGUAAACAUUAAACAUCUCAAGUUUUAUGUACUGAAA